UUCUGAAAUUAAAUUUUGUGCCAGCUCUAAUUACGACAAUUGGCCCAGACUAAGCUCAAUGAGAACCAGCAUUAUGUUGCCUACGAGCUUCAAUGGGGUUUAUGGAAGCUCCGAGUGAAUGUUCUAUACUAGAGCACCCAAAUUAUCAGUUUCUAGAUGUAUUUGCAAGAAAAGCUCGAGGAUAAGAAAGCGGUUGGAGAAUUUGUAGAUAGAGCUUGAUGAUUGGAACGGCUGUUGUUAUACGAGCUGAUGGAAGAUUGGCAUUAGGUAAAUUUGGAGCACUUACGAGCAGCUUAAGGAUUUGAAUACUCGAGGAUUUGAGGUGAUUUUAGUAACAUCAGGUGCUGUUGGUGCUGGCCGUCAAAGGCUAAGAUACAGGAAACUACUAAACAACAGGUUUGCUGAUCUCCAAAAACCACAAGCAGAACUGGAUGGAAAGGAGUGUGCAGCCGGUGGACCGAGUGGACUGAUGUCUCUCUAUGAUGCGCUCUUUACUCAGCUAGAUGUGACUUCACCUCAGCUCCUAGUAACUGAUCGAGAUUUUGGUGAUAUCAACUUCAGAAUGUUACUUUGUGAGACAGUCAAGUAAUUGUUAAAUUUCAUGUGAUUCCUAUUUUUAAUGAGAAUGAUGCUAUCUGUACCAGGAAGGCUCCUUAUGAGGACUCUUCUGGUGUAUUUUGGGAUGAUGACAGUUUAGCAACGCUGUUGGCUUUAGAACUAAAAGCCGACCUUCUUAUUCUGUUGAGUAAUGUACAUCGUUGACCCUUAUUCUGAAGAGUAAAAAGGUUCUGGAAAGUUCCACGAAUCUAAGAAACAACCAUAGAACUCUCUAAACAAAACGGGACCCACCUCAGAAUAUUUUUUUUUCCGAGUUAUAUGGAAUUAUAUAUCUUCACGAACAAGGUACAAAGUCUUGUUAUAAAUAGGAAUCACUUCGUCUCUUGUUAUUCACAAAACGAAAAGAUGACUGAUCAAGCUGAAUCUUCUUCAGAACCACCGAAAGGCACGAAGAGGGAUUAUAGUACAGCAAUUCUUGAUAGAAAGAAAGCUGCCAAUAGGCUUAUCGUCGAUGAAGCUGUUGCCGAUGAUAAUACUGCGGUUACAAUGCAUCCCGUAACAAUGGAAAAGUUGGAUCUUUUCCGUGGUGAUACCAUAAUGCUUAAGGGAAAGAAAAGGAAAGAGACCAUCUGUGUUGUUAUAGCUGAUGAUUCAUGUGAGGAACCAAAGAUCAGAAUGAAUAAGGUUGUUCGAUCAAAUCUGAGGGUUAAACUAGGUGAUAUUGUUUCAGUUCAUCAGUGCCCCAAUGUGAAAUAUGGAAAACGUGUACACGUAUUACCUGUGGAUGAUACCAUCGAAGGUCUUACCGGGAGUCUUUUUGACGCUUACUUGAAACCAUAUUUCUUGGAUGCAUACCGACCAGUUAGGAAAGGUGAUUUUUUCAUUGUCAGAGGGGGAAUGAGAAGUGUUGAGUUUAAGAUUAUCGAGACUGAUCCUCCAGAGUACUGUGUAGUUUCUCCUGAUACUGAGAUCUUUUGUGAAGGGGAGCCAAUUAGAAGAGAAGAUGAAGAAAGAUUGGACGAAGUUGGGUAUGAUGAUGUCGGUGGAGUGAGAAAGCAGAUGGCUCAGAUCAGAGAGUUGGUGGAGCUCCCACUUAGGCAUCCACAACUUUUCAAAUCAAUUGGUGUUAAGCCACCAAAGGGGAUUUUACUCUACGGACCUCCUGGAACUGGUAAAACUUUGAUUGCCAGAGCUGUUGCAAAUGAAACUGGUGCCUUCUUCUUUUGUAUUAAUGGGCCAGAAAUCAUGUCUAAGAUGGCUGGGGAGAGUGAAAGUAACCUUAGGAAGGCAUUUGCGGAGGCUGAGAAAAAUGCACCAUCCAUCAUUUUCAUUGAUGAGAUAGAUUCAAUUGCUCCAAAACGAGAUAAGACUAAUGGCGAAGUUGAGAGGAGAAUUGUUUCUAUGCUGCUGACACUUAUGGAUGGAUUGAAAUCUCGUGCCCAUGUUAUCGUUAUGGGGGCAACGAACAGGCCAAAUAGCAUUGAUCCAGCUUUGAGGAGGUUUGGAAGAUUUGAUAGGGAAAUAGAUAUUGGUGUUCCCGAUGAAGUUGGACGUCUUGAGGUUCUUCGAAUCCAUACAAAGAACAUGAAGCUCGCUGAAGAUGUCGAACUAGAAAGGGUCUCAAAGGAUACUCAUGGGUAUGUUGGUGCUGAUCUUGCAGCUCUGUGUACUGAAGCUGCACUUCAAUGCAUUAGAGAAAAGAUGGAUGUGAUUGACUUGGAAGAUGAAUCAAUUGAUGCGGAAAUACUGAACUCCAUGUUCAUCACGAAUGAGCACUUCCAAACUUCUGUAGGAACAAGCAAUCCUUCUGCUUUGCGCGAAACAACUGUUGAAGUACCCAACGUCAGUUGGGAGGAUGUUGGUGGGCUUGAAACUGUUAAGAGGGAGCUGCAAGAGACUGUCCAGUACCCGGUGGAGCAUCCUGAAAAGUUCGAGAAGUUUGGCAUGUCGCCUUCAAAGGGAGUUCUGUUCUAUGGUCCUCCUGGUUGUGGGAAAACACUUUUGGCUAAGGCCAUUGCAAAUGAGUGCCAAGCUAAUUUCAUCAGUGUUAAGGGCCCUGAGUUGCUGACAAUGUGGUUUGGAGAGAGUGAAGCUAAUGUGAGAGAAAUUUUUGACAAAGCCCGACAAUCUGCACCUUGUGUCCUCUUCUUCGAUGAACUCGACUCUAUAGCAACUCAGAGAGGAAGUAGCGUUGGAGAUGCGGGCGGUGCUGCUGAUAGGGUUUUGAAUCAGCUUCUAACUGAGAUGGAUGGGAUGAAUGCAAAGAAGACGGUGUUUAUCAUUGGUGCCACAAACAGGCCAGACAUAAUUGAUCCUGCAUUGCUGAGACCAGGGCGUCUCGAUCAAUUAAUCUACAUUCCAUUGCCAGAUGAAGCCUCUCGGCUUCAGAUCUUCAAGGCCUGCCUCAGGAAAUCACCUGUUUCCAAAAAUGUUAACAUUCAAGUCCUUGCUAAGCACACGGAAGGCUUUAGUGGAGCUGAUAUUACAGAAAUAUGCCAACGUGCUUGCAAGUAUGCCAUCAGAGAGAACAUUGAGAAGGAUAUUGAGAGAGAGAAGAAGAGAAGCGACAAUCCAGAAGCAAUGGAGGAGGACGUUGAGGAUGAAGUCCCCGAAAUAACUGCAUCUCACUUUGAGGAGUCGAUGAAGUUUGCAAGGAGGAGUGUGAGUGAUGGAGACAUACGCAAGUACCAGGCUUUUUCACAGACCUUGCAGCAGUCGAGGGGAUUUGGAAGUGAAUUUAGGUUCGCUAAUACGUCAACUGGAGCUGCAGCUGGAGCAGACACCACUGGUGCCAACCCAUUUGCAGAUCCUGCUGCCGAGGAAGAUGACUUAUACAGUUAGUUGCUAUUUCUAGGUUAUUUAUCAUUACAGUACUAGUUUAUUUUAUUUUUAUGAAAUUAGAUGGAUGUUCUUGUUUAUAAGAACUCAAUCACAAUUAUUAUGAUGACGAUAAGGGUUUGUGUUAGAUGAUUAAUGGAUUCUUAGACUUUGGAAUUU